GACCACCAACAAUGAAGACUUAAUGGGAGCUUUCUUGUCUAAAUCUAAACCAACAGAUACAAAUACAAAUACAGCCUAUAAGCUUAACAAAAUUACUAACACAAGUUCACAAACAAGCAACAAAGAAAGUUGGGCUAACUUGACAGAACAAGAAAACCCUUGA